CUCUCCAAUACCUAUCAAAAUAUCUGCUCUCUAACUGUCUCUCUGCCCCGAGCACAAACUUGCAUCACAUUCUCCAUCCUUUCCACAUCUGUACUUUCUCGCUCUCUUUCUGGUUUUAUCAUUCUGACCUACACCCCUAUGCUUACCCUCUAAAUUUCCUUCCCUUUGUCACUCCAUUCUCAUUUGUAUUCCCUCUGUUUUUGGUCUUUCUCUAUGUUGAACGGUUUCUCUCUUGAGAAAGCAAGUUUAACGCUGCAGGGUCUGUCUUUGCAGGAACAGCCACGUGGGAGCACAGGGGCAAAAGUGGCAGAUAGAGUGGGAGUGAAUGAGUCUGUAUUUGCAUAAGUAUGGAUAGAUUUUUCCUUUAGUUUUUGCUCUUUAACAUUAUUAUCAGUAAUGUCCUUUUAACUGUAGUCAAAUAUAUUCUCCCUUUACUAGCCUCUCUCCCCCUCUCUCUCUUUCUAUAUCUCCCCCAGACAUGAUGGAAUUCAUGUGGCUGUACUCCCUGUGCCAGUGUGCAGUGUCUGUAUCUGUGAUCGUGGUCAGUGUGAGGUUGUGUGUUGCAGUCAGUGGCAGCCGCAUUGAGGAGAGAACCCAGGGUGCCCAGUUGCAACCUGGGAGUGUGUCAUGCUGUCUGCGGCUGUGUCUUGGCUGGGUGGGGGCUGUUGGAGGUGCAACCGGGGUCCCUGUUACUGUGCUGCUUAACCUGCGAACCCCACAGUGUCUGUACACCUGCAUCGCCCUGGUGUGUUGCCCCAUGCUGGUCAGGCAUUUCACCAUGUUCCUGUUGAUGCUACUUACCCUGGAUGCCCACCUGAUGCAUCACUUGGCAGGCAGGUGAGUCUGAAAGAUGGUUAAGACAUAUAAAUUCUUGAUACAAGCUAAUAAAAAUGUACAUUCAUGUGGAAUAAAUAACCACUGACAGAAUAUGUAAUAUAUGAAAAAUUCAACAUAUUUGCUUCUCUAUUUAUAAAUGCAUAUAUUGCUUUAAUAAAUUCCCUGUGAGUGUGUGGGAGAGGGUGAAUAAGUGGGUGGUGAGAGUCAACAAACACUUAAUGGUGUUUGCAACAGUAUAGGAGGAAAAUCAAUAAAAGGGUAGAAGGCAAAAAAAAAAAGCAGCAAACAUGGCAAGAUGUGCCAUUGAAUGGCAUACUGUUAAAUCGAACUAGGCGGCUUGUUUAGUGCUCAUAAGCACAUAAAACACACGACCAUGCAAAACACAGGGGUGAGAAAAUACAGAUAAGCUCCAGGGGUGUGAGAUGUUUGAUUGACAGUGACCUAUAAAUCCAUCCCUUUAGCAUAAAAGAGUCAGUGGUAUGUUGUUUCUCCAUCAGUUACGCACUUUGUGUGAGUGUGAUAGGCUAUCUAUUCACGUACAGUAUUACAUUAUUUUCAAGGGAAGCCACUCAUGGUAAAUGUAGGAGCGUGCUCACAGGUGUAACAGCCCUGCGGAAAGCUAGGAAGUAAUCUUUAAAUCUAUAUCAAUAUUUUUUUAUAUAGCUCCAAAUCACAAUAAGUGUUAUCCCAAGAUGCUUAGCAAAAAAGCAGGUCUGGACCAAACUCUGUUUACAAAGACCCAAUGUAAAGAUGGGAUAAGAUUAAGCCCCAUCUUGAGAGAUCAGUGUUCUAUUGUUGCUACUUAUAAGGACUAAUGCUCAUCGUGCGGGCACAGAUUCACAGAGAGUACCUUUUUUACUUUCACUUCCAGGUAUACCUCAGUGAUGACUCGCCAGCGUGCCCUCUGUGUGGUUCUGCUCUGCUGGGUGGGCUCUGUCCUCUCCUCUUUUGCCCAGUUUAUCGGCUCAGAUGUCCUCAACACGUGGAAGAACGGCGGGGCUGGUUCAGGCACAGCUGGCCAUGAGCUGAAUGACAAUUUCACCACCUCUCUACCCACUCCUAUCCCUCCCCAGCCCCCUAAACAUCACUAUGUGCGCAAAGUAAUAGGGCAGUACCUCCCAUAUGGAGGCUUCCUGUCAAAGUUUUACGUGGAGGACAUGCACAACUUCACUUAUGCUGAGUUUCACAGCAGCCACUGGGGAGUGUGUGCCCCUGAUACAAUAUUAAGCCCUGAGUUUUUGGUCUAUGUCCAUGGUAUGACUGUGUUCAUGCUUCCUUUAGUUUGCUUGCUGACGAUCUACCUUGAGCUGCUGUGUACCAAGCCUAGUAACACUCCUUUUAGCCAUGCAGACCCCCCGAAACAGGACUCCAGCCGGGUCCGAUGCCUUGCUUUAUCCUUGUCAUUCUUAGUCGUGCUGUGCCUGCCGCUGCACAUUAUCCAUGCCCUCUUGCUCUUCCAACCUAAUACCAAUCUCCCUGAAUGGGCACACGCACUUGCUGCAUUUCUCUUUCAGCUGUACAGCCUCGUACCCCAGAUCCUCUUCACUCCUCCGAGGAAACACGGGGGGGAAGAACGGGUAUCCUUUCCUCUCUCUGCCCCCCGCCUUCCUGCAAUAGCAUCAGUGAGAGGGAAGUCUGUGCGUCUGGCUCUGUGUGAGGCGGUGCAGGCAGCUCCGUGGGCUUCAGCCAAACACUCACUCAAAGCCAAAGUGUGCCCAGAGGUCUGA